CGCAUGCUCACGUUCACGUCAGUACGGUAGAAAAAUCUUGAUACAGUUUCACGCGAUUGCAUUUCAAUAUGGCGAACCGCGACAAAGGACGCAGAAAGUGGGGAGGAUUUUCACAAGAAUUAAUGAGUUCUAAAUUGGAGAAAGAUAGAUUGAUGGGAAUGCGCGGUGGAGGGAAUAGAGCAUCUCAGGCCUUAUAUAGACCAGGAAGUGGCCCUUUACGCAAAUCAGGCAGAUCUGGCAAUGAUGCUGAUGAAUUUGACAAUGAAAAUAGCUCGCAAGAAAAAUCCAGAUCAACUUCUGUUCAGUAUCGUUUGAGACAGUCACAACUUAAUAGAUCUGAUCAAGCACAGGAUAGUCCACCUUUAUCACAAAUCGACAAUGUAACUGAAAAAUUAGGAAAUACUCAUAUUAACUAUAGAAAUAGCAACAACACUGAAUUGGCACAAAGUACUGGACACAAUAUUAGUGCAGGAGCAGGAGGAAAUGAUUCAAAGAGGAAAAAUAGGAAACCUGAACAAUUGCUAUACAUACCAAAAAAAGUGAAAGAAGCAUUGGCUGAACAGGAUGGAAUUAAUAGAUCUCCAAAUCAUACUGCAUGGGAACAAGAGAGAGAAGAAAGCGAUGAUCGUGAUUCUCAUUCCAAUCGUAGUCACAGAAGUGAUCGUAAUCGCGGGAGCAGUCACAGUGUACGAGACAAUGAUAGCGAAGGCAGGGGUAGAGAUGACAACAGCAAACGGUAUUCGGGCAACCGACGACAUCGUCAUGCCAAUGAAAAUGAGGAACGUUGGCGAACUGAUUCGCCGAUAUCUGCUAGAAACAAUGCGAAUCGGAAAGAUAAUCUACGCGAAGUCAGACAGGGUUCUGAACCUUUGUCUAUGAACAAUCAGAAUGAUUUUAAUCGUACGAGAGACACGCGUAGUGUGGAACCUAUUGGACAUUCAGAUAAAUUUCAAGGCAAACCACCUUCUGGCAGACGCAAUAAUGCAAAAGACAGUUUGUCGAAAAAUAAGUUGGAGCUUCUGCCACCACGAUUGCAAAAGAAAUAUCUUAUUGAUAAUGGAUACGUAUUACCUAGCAACAAUCCAGGAACAUCCACAGAGGACUCCUGGAAUGGUAGCAGUGUUACAUUUCAGCAGGCUUCAUCCAGUUAUAAUUAUCCAUCAGCAAUGCAGCAUUCACAAACAAUGAACUUGCCGCCAUCUGGGUCAUUAUCACCACAAUCUAAUUGGGCUAACACCAUACCAGUGAGAAGCGGAAGAGGAAGAGGUAGACUCAGACCAGAGGAACUGGAAGGUACAACAGCAAGCAGCAUCUUCAGACCUGUUACUCCUGAGCAAUAUUCGGCACCGAGUUCCAGAUCCCAUACUCCUAGCCAAGAAUAUAUAAAUCGGUCUUAUGAUCGCCGUGGUAGUAAUAGUACUAUGUAUACCAGUAUGGAAAGCUUAAGCCGCGCUGACAGUGCUAUGAUGCCACCACCGUCAUCCGUGUCGCCGGCAAUUUCACAAUCUAAUUCAAACAGGGGCCACAGGUCACCCGAAAUUCAUCGUAGAGGUGCAAUAUCACCGAUCAACAAUCGCACUAGCAAUAUGCAAAGAACGACUAGUAACGCGAACGAGCAUAAUUCGAGUCUGGAUAAACAGAGCAAUCAACAAAACACGAAUCUUAGCUCCAUGAAAAGCGAAUCAUUUAAUACAUCGUCUAUUACCGCAUCUGAAACAUUUGAUUGGAGUGAAGAGGUUGAAUUGAAUGAAAAGUUGGAACAGGAAUAUUUGAGCCGUAGUUCAUCUGUCUUAAGUAUACGCGAGAGCGUAACAAUGCCGCGAAGUCAGGCCGUAGGCGAGAGUUAUAAGCGACGUAAAAAAAAAAAACGCGAUAAACAUCGUGAUGCUGAUCGUGGCAGCAGUAGAGACAAAGGGCGAGGCAACAGCCGCGAACGUCAGAAGAAUCAACAGAAUAGAGAGAACGAUAACUGCAACAUUAAUCAAAAGAAUAACAACAAUAAUAAUAAUAGUAACAGACGAUACGAUCAUAGAAGGCGUAGUAUUAUUCAGCGUAGCCGCGAAUCGAGUAAAGACAGAAAUUAUGGCAGUAGUUACAGAAGCUUUGAUGAUCUUCACAAACGCAGAACUGACAGAUACUUAGACGAGGAUUGGAGAACAGGCAGGAAAAUAUCGACUUGUGAAUCUGAUGAUGGCAGACAAACUCCUAAAGUUUCCUCUCAUACUACACCUCUUCCGAGUAUGAAUUCUAACUCUGCGGUACAUCGUUCGUCUCCGACAGGGCAUAGUAAUGCUCAGCCAGGUGUCUUGAUCUUGCCUAACGAUGCUAAUCAGUCAUCUCCCAAUCAGAUGACUACAACUUCUCAACAAGGAACAGGACAGCAGCAGCAGCAAAGAACUCUAUUUGAUCCAAAUAACCCACAUAAACCUAUUGUUAUUACUUCACCUGGAAGUAGAGCAGUUGUACAAAGGGACAAUGACAUACAAAUCUCGAGUGUUCCAGUAUUUCAAUCUAAUGUAGGUGUUACAUCAUCACAUUAUUCUUUUCAAAGUACUCAGUUGGAUGGCAUGCCAUCACCAUACAUGAACGAUCAAAUCGGAAAUAUGAGACCUUCAUGGUACGACCCGUUUUCAGCUAGUUUUCAUUCAGCGAAAAAUCACUGCCUUCUUUUGGAUAUAGAACGUGCCGAUUUGGAAUUACAAUGGAUAAUAAGUUCCGGUGGCUUUAUGUCGCGUUUGGAUAGAGUAGCGUACAUACGACACUUCCUUCAACAAAGCUUGAAGAUUUUGCUCGAAACUGAUAUCAAAUUCUGUCAAACGGAAAAUGUUGAGCAACACUUUUGGAAAAUAUUAUUUUAUAAUUUGAUCGAAAUGCUUCGAAAAACGAUGCCCAAGGAAAACUCAGAAGGACGGGAACGUUACAAGCAGAUAAUGUUAAAUAUUAUUGAUGAGGGUACCAUCUAUCUAGAAAGUUUAUUGACCGCUCUCGAGACCACAUACGAGUUCAAGUUGGACACGUUCCUCGCGUCAUCAAGUCUACCUAAAGGUCUCGGUGUUUUAGGACUGGCUUUAGUCAGCGCACAAAAGAUAUUUCUAUUCUUGGGAGAUUUGGCGAGAUACAAGGAACAAGCAAACGAAACAAGCAAUUAUGGAAAAUCUAGACAGUGGUAUCUAAAAGCGCAGCAAAUCAAUCCUAAAAAUGGUAGACCUUACAAUCAGCUUGCCUUAUUGGCGCAUUAUGCAAGGCGAAAAUUGGAUGCUGUGUAUUACUACAUGCGAUCUCUUAUGGCGUCCAAUCCUUUCCAUUCUGCCAGGGAGAGCUUGAUAGCGCUCUUUGAUGAAAAUAGGAAAAAGUACGAGUCUAUCGAACGUAAGCGGAAGGAGGAAAGGGAGUUAAAGGAGCGGGCGAGGAUGAAGGAAAAGGAAGGUGCGAACAUUAUUGGUGGUGGAUUGAGAAGAGAGACAUGGAUUCAUCCGGGUGAUGGUAGACGAGUGCGACGUACAACCAGCGCGGCCACUGCCAAUGAGACGAGAUUGUCCCACACAAGCGACUUGGAAGAAUUAUCGCAAUUAACAAGUGUCGAGGUGAACAAACGAUUCGUCACUUCAUACCUUCACGUUCACGGGAAGCUCAUCACCAAGAUAGGAAUGGAGACUUUUCAAGAAGCCGGUGUUCAAAUGCUGAAGGAAUUUAGAGCCCUAUUGCAGCACUCACCGCUACCGCUUUCUGGUACUCGUCUACUGCAACUUCUGGCGCUUAACAUGUUCGCUAUCGAGACUACGCAGCUGAAGGAUUCCCAGAUGGAGCAGGGAUAUAGAUCGGAGGUUCAAGAACGGGCGCUUGUAGUGUCACUGCAGAUGUUCAGUCUGAUCCUGGAACGCGGCGUAUCCUUGCUGAAAGCUCAGCUGGACAGCGGACAGGAGCCGAGGUUGGUAGUCGGUGAAGAUCUGCAAGUGCUUCUACCAGCUAUUAAGAUCUGGUGCGACUGGAUGCUCUGCCAUAGUACAGUUUGGAAUCCUCCGCCAUCUUGCACGGAUUACAGAGUCGGGCCGCCGGGAGAUGCGUGGACCAGGUUGGCAACGAUGGUGAAUCUUUUAGAAAAAUUAAAUUAUACCAGGAUGACCUUGAUUCAGGGCAAGGAUUCCGAAGAUCGCGAAGAGAAUAAAGACCUGGAGCUCGUAAAAUUGCCGGAGGAUGUCACCUUGGCAGGAUUCACGCCGCUCAUGUUGAAUCCGCAAGAUCCUUGCUACGUGGAGAAAACGGAAGACAUGGAAGUGGCACAGGUGUGUCUGAGGAUAAGCAAGAUCCUCUUCUUCGGUCAAGUGUUCUUGUGCGGCUUGGAGACACCGGUGCUGAAACUGCAAAAGAGCGAAACCGGCGUCAGCGAAUACGUCUCCGUGGUCGAGGCUUCGAGCACGAGUUCGCCGAGUUCGCCGCCGACACAGAGCGACUCGGAGCUCAUGGUGGAGAGUUACAGCGAAGGGGAGGAGGAGCCGAUUUCCACGUUGAGAAGAUUACCCUCGUGUGGCAAUGUGCCUGACGAUACGACGACUCCCGUGGCGGCCGUCGAGAUAAGGUCGCUGAUCGAGAGGAAGGAAGAACUGGAGAGGCGGCAGCGGAAACAGGAUCGACAUCGACAACGGGUUCAGGCUAUUUUGCAAAAAUCCUCGGUGUCGGUCGAGAUCGAGGUGAGACCGAGGCAACUGGUGCCAGACACAAACUGCUUCAUUGACUACUUGCCGCAGCUGCAGACCAUCGCGAGGGCUACUUCCGGUGCGCAGCCGAUUUACAUUCUUAUGGUGCCACUUGUCGUGUUAAACGAACUCGAAGGUCUAGCACGGGGCGCUGACGCGAGAGAUUGUCCUCCAGCGUCGAGGGCGACUCUGAAUCCCGAGCAUGUGGCACGAGUUGCCGAGAGUGCUAAAGCGGCACUGGCCUUCGCGAGGAGCCGAAAUCCGGCGAUCCGGUGCAUAACCACAAGAGGCACCGUUCUGCCAUCCAGCAACUUUACGGCGGAGGAGGACGUCGACAAGGAUGGACUGACACGAAAUGAUGACAGAAUAUUGACAACAUGUCUCAGCCUCUGCAGGAGCAACAAGGAUCAGGCAAACGCAGCAGAGGAAGGACAGCCGCGACGUUUGAGACGGGAGGUGGUCCUGCUCACGGAAGACCGGAACCUCAGGGUGAAGGCUCUAGCCAGGGACGUACCCGUGAGAGAAGUGCCCGAUUUUAUGCAAUGGGCCGUAUUAGGCUGAGAUGGCAUAACGUGAUCGCGACCAAUUCCAAUCCUCACUUGACGAGAAAUCUUCCGUGUUCCUAUCGCGCGAGCUCGACCAAACUCAACGAGAAGAAGUGCAAAGGGAAGUAGAAGGAGAAGAAAAAAAAAAGAAGAAGAAGAAGAAGAAGAAGAAGAGAAGAGGGACGCUCAUCAUUGUCGACGAGCAAUUCAUUGCUAUCUUCGUCAUGGAUCUGCUUCGUAUCCGAUCGACCAUCAACUGUGCGCGCACGACGUUGUCAUCGCGUAAGUUAGUUCCCAAACGAGAUAUUCAGAUUGUUUCCCGAUGAUACUUUUUUUCUGAAGUUUUUUUUUUAAUCUCAUCAUGAGGAGAAAACAAUGUGCGGCGCGAAUGAGAGCAAAAUCUAUGAGGGAGAGAAAAGAAAAACAAAGCGCGCGGUAAAAUUUCAUUGAAUGAAAUACGGUACUAUCGAUAAGAAAAAGAAAAGGCUUGCCGGAAACGCGCGAGCCAUUUGAAGGCUCCUCUCGAGCGUGACAUUUUCUAUUCUCUAAUUGUUCCGUGUAUCUCGAACGUGCAGACGUAAAAAUCCCAAAGAGCCUUUUCACUCGAGGAUGACUAGUAUAACGGGUGGUCCGAAAGAAUACGUCGAGUAUAUGACCACGAUGACAGACAGUAACACCGAAAGAUGAUCGACGGAAGAUGUGGAGGUUUUGAAAAAAUGCAAGAAAAACGGUAUAAAAAGAAUUGUCUUUUAAUGUUCUUGUCAUUGACUUUGUAGAUUGUUUUUUUUAUCUUAUCGCCUAUUGGCAGUUAUAUAAUCAUUUUGUAUAAUUUUGUUCGCCUAUAUUUACUUUAUUCAUCGAGAUGUUAUUAAAAUUUUUAUAUCAUGUAUGCGAACAUGAUUCGAGAUGAUCGCGAAACGCGUUUUUUAUCGUCCUGCGUGACAUUUUCCACGAGAGGAAUUCUCUCCUUCAUUCUUUCAGCGCAAAAGUUAACAUCAUUAUCUUUAAACUACCAUAAGGUAAAUUAUUAAAUUUAUUUUCAACCAAUAACUGCAAUAUCAUCGCCAUCGAGAAUAUCGCAAGAUCGACAAUCGAUUUAACUUUAUCGUGUAAUUAGAAACGAUUGAGAGAAAGACGCUUCCCUUCGAAAAUUAACUUUAAAUUAUGUAAAAUAUCCGACUCAAAAAACAUGUGAAUAUAAAGGAAUUAUAUUCAAUUUAUUAUAUAUAUUAAUAUUUUUAAACGAAAUAUUGAUAUUAUAUACAUAUAAUAUUGAUAUUGAUAAUAUUGAUAAUAUAAUAUAAUUUUAAAAUUUAUAUAAUUUAUAUAAUUUUAAAAAUUAUAAUUAUAUUUUCAAUAUUAAUUAUUAAUUAAUAUCAAUAUUAUAAUUUCAGAAAAAAUUUUGAAUUUUUUGAUCGAAAGUAUAUCUUGCGCAUUAAUCAAACAUCGAUUUUCGAAAGUAAGUCUUUUUUUUUUAAAUCGUUUUUAACAGACGUACAGAGACGUACUAAAGAUAUCUUUUUUAUUAUUCACAAGUACUCACUUGUGUAGCUUAAUAUUAAGAUUCACCAUUUUAAGACUUCGAGAGUUAACGCAAGAAGACGCGGAUGAUUAUUCCAGGUAGGAAGGUAUGAUACAAACGAUUGUACAUGUGUGUACGUAUUCUUUAUAAUAUUAAAAAUACUUUAUCGAUAAGCGGCGAGUGAAUGCAUCCCGCAAACGUGACAUGAUUGCCAUUACAAACAUUCCGUGUCGGAAUCGUUUGACGCUUUUACCAUCUAUGUCGAGUUAACGAUUUACCAUUUGGUGAGAUUAAGCGGAUAAUAAACACGAAAUAAAACUUGCUUGAUUUGUUCUCGCGACACGGAGAACGUAAAAGAGACUUCAAAAUCGCUUCAUUCGCGACUUGUUUUGUCAAAUAUCUUUUGGGAGAAAAAAGCUUUCGGAAGUGCACAGUGGUCGAGGCACGCAAGGAACUUCGGGACCGAAUAGCGAACACGAUGUACUAUUUUUCGACAGAGAUGAGGUAGUUACUUAAGCUCCUUAGCGUAUUAAAGUGUGUGCGUGCGAGGAAAAAGAGUGAAAGAGAGAGAGAGAGAGAGAGAUAGAGGAAGAAAAUGGUAACUAAAUUAACGGAGGCGGGCAGUUGACGAAAGGGAAAAGAAGUAAUCGUAAAGAAAACCGUAUCUGCGAUAAAACUUGACAUCGCGUUGAAAUUCCUGCGAAUUAAAUCGAAUCGAUAAGUAGAAGAAGAGCCCACCCACCGGCAUAGCUCGGGCAGAAUCAUUUCGUUACACCGUGAUGUUCCGCUCGAGAGGCUGCGCCAUUCGGACAGAAAAAAAAAAUCUUGUCGCGAGGACGUGUCGUGGGACGUCUGUUCAGCGGCAUUUUAUAAAGGCACGUAAAAAGGGAUAUUAGAACAUCUCUACAUUUUCAUCUUCAUUGCGAGAAAAUGUUGUCCCCCUUUUCCCGAAGAAACGUUGUCUAUGUAUACGCGGACUCUACUAUUACUACUUAUGGAUUUAAUUUGUCGUUCGAAUCCGCAAGCUAUAAUCGUGCAACUUCACCAUUUUCGAAACGCGACGAGAUCUUGUUGAAGUAUACGUACUUCUCAAUGUCCGCGGGUGAAGCAGCGUUCGACAGGAUUCAGGAUCGCUUGAGAAUAAAGAAAGAAGAGAGAGAAAUGCGAGCUAUUCCGUCUGCGAAGCUAUUCGUAUCUCUCGUCCUUCGGCGUGUCGUUCGUUUGCUUUGGCGCCUUUUUCCUUUUCUCCCCCUGUCACAUAUCUUCCUCCUUCCUCUUUCCUUUCCUCCCGUCGCCGUUUUUAGCUCAAUUUUUUAUUCAAACCUUCACGGCGAGAUCGAGUGCGUAUCAAUGGACAAUUUGAUAAAAGCACCGAUGAUGUACACCUGUCUCAUUGUGUUUCAUUAAUUUUUAAGUAUAGUCUUUCGUAGCCUUUUUAAUGCGCGCGUUCGAUCGCCAUAAGUGAUCGAUUAAUUCGUACAAGGGAGUACAGAUGUAUUUGGAAUAAAGCAUGAAAGAGCGCGAGAGAUGAGGCGAAAUUGAUUGCGCGAGUUCGUCAUACAAUCGUGAAUAUAUAACAGGAAAAUAAUCGAGAAACACUUUUCUUUUUAAGCCGACCUACCAAUCAAACACGUCAAAAUUCAACGUGAGAAGUUAAACCUCGGAUUGAUCAUAAAAUAAUCCAGAGUUGAAGUUAUAUAAAAUUUAUUUUUAAGAAAUUAGUUUUAUAAAAAACAAUUACAAUUAAUUACAAUUAUAUUUACAUUGAAAUAUAUAAAAAGAUUGUUAUACAUGUUUGUGUGAAGAAAUAAAGUUAAUAGUGAUUUUGUCGCCAUCGAAAAUAAUAGAGGGAAUGAAUGAAAUAUGGAAAGAUAGAGUUUGAACGAUAAUUUUGAUGUUGUCUUUUUUUUUUGGCUGAUCGAGGAAAGUGUUUAUCGUUAACGUUCGUUAUUUAUAAUACUAUGUUGUACGAGAUAAUCAGGGUAUAGUUUGCAAUCGUACUCCGGGCAUAUCAUAUAGCGUUUAUUCUACAUCAUUGCAAUAACUCUCUUCUGCAAUAGACGUAGCAGUGCAAUAGACACUCUAUUCACGAUUAAGCCACCUCGAUAAGACUCUAUCCGUCUCUUCCUGAGUAAUCACGAUUCAUUUCCGCUGUUUCGAUGUAAUAUACAUAUAUCCACUCCACUCGACUCAUUCCUGUCUUUCAAUUUUCAAUUUACAUAUGUUGUUCUUUCGAUCGAUUUGCGCGAUCGAGUUCACCCCAAUUAUUGAGAGAGAGAGAGAGAGAGAGAGAGAGAGAGUGUGUGUGUCAGAGAGAGAGGUUGAAUAAAAAAUGCCUGAAUAUAGGUAGACAAUUGCGAUAUAAAAAUAGACAUCGUGAUUUUUAGAGCUGGAUUUAUCUCGGACGCGAGUAAAAUUCCGCGGCGAGAAAAUUUCUCUCUUGACGCUCCCCGCUUCCAAGAUGAAUCCAACAACGUAAAUAUACUUAUAUCUAUGUUGUAUAUAUAGGUAUAUAUAUAAUUAUAUAUAUAAUUUUAUAUGCGCUCGCAUACACGUUAUAUAUAUACAUAUAUAUAUAUAUAAUUAUACAUAUAUAUAUACAAAAAUACCCAUACACCCAUUCGUCACCGAUUUUACGCUAGAGUCUCGCAAUAUUUCUAAUAAAUCUAUGUAUUUGUAUCAUUGUAUGAUGAAGCAAAAGAACGUGAUUCGUUUGUAUUUCGUCUCAGGAAAAGACGUUUGUCGAUAACGCGAUACAGCGACGAUGACGGAAAUAACGAAACUAUGGGAAUGAUGCUACGAAAGCAGAAGUUUUAGACUAAUCGUUUAUUACACAUUAUAAGAAAUGUCGCUACUAAUAGUGUUACCACUUUGAAUAUUCAAUAAAACGUUGAGACUAGCGUUAUUA